CUUAUCUACCUCUCUCUUUCUCUCUCUUUCUCCAUGAGCUCUCUUGCUUCUCAUCCUUCAUCAAAAGUUCCUCUACAAGGCUAUGAAGAAACACCCUAACCCGUGUAGUUUCCUCUUCCACAUCUCUCUACUCUCUGUGCUGUUCGUCUUUCUUCUUGUUUCUUUUGCAUUUACAACCUCGUACAAGCGUAAAUCAGGCAUUGAUCUCAGUCAUCAGAGAAUUCUAGCAAGUAAUUUUGACUUUACACCGUUUAUCAAGAUCAAAGAUCGAACUCAACGUCAACGUCGAAGUCAAGGCCUGGCUGGAGAAGAAACCGGUUCUUGGUAUAACGAUGAGGAACGGCUGGUACCUAGCGGUCCAAACCCUUUGCACCACUAAAAUGUCUUCAAUUCUGUAGAUUUUGAUGCUUUGCUUUUAAAUCAAUACAAAGGUUACUUUAUAUAUUGUGAAGUGUAUUAACCAUUAUAUUUGUGUAAGGUUUCUUGAUCUGAGAAAUGGGGUUCGUUA